CCCUGCCCCUCCUCCCCGGAGGGCGGGGCGGGCUCGCCCGGCCUCCUGGCGGCGCCGCGGCUCCUGCACUUGGGCCGGGCUCUGCUGGCUGCGGCGCGAGCGGGACCCGGGCGGCGCGAGAACCAGUGAACCAUGGAGCUCUAUUUCGGUGAAUAUCAACAUGUGCAGCAAGAAUAUGGUGUCCAUCUGAGACUCGCAAGUGAUGAUGGCAAAAAAUCAAGGAAUGCCCAGAACUCUAAGGCAGGCUCCUAUGGUGUCAGUAUUCGGGUACAGGGAAUUGAUGGCCACCCCUAUAUCGUCCUGAAUAACACAGAGCGGUGUCUAGCAGGCUCGUCUUUUUCUGAAAACGGGCCACCAUUUCCAUCUCCAGUGAUAAAUAACCUGCCUCUGCAUUCCAGCAACGGGUCUGUGCUAGAGGAGGACAGCGCAGAAUUGCAGCUCCCAGAAAAUCCUUAUGCCCAACCUGGUCCUGUAAGAAACCUGAAACAAUCCUCUGUCUUUGAGGGCAAGAAUGGGGUUCUAGAAGGCAAAGAGGGGCCGGUGAAGCCAUCUCACAUGCUCAACUUUCAGCGGCAUCCAGAGCUUUUGCAGCCCUACGACCCUGAAAAGAAUGAAUUGAACUUGCAAAAUCACCAGCCUCCUGAGAGUAACUGGUUAAACACUUUAACAGAAGGUACCAACAAUAAGAAGGCUUGGACAUGUUUCCCCAAACCUAGUAGUUCGCAGCCUAGCAGCUCUCCUUUGGAAGAUGUGGGCAAAUCCAGCGUGACGGCCAUUCGUUUGUGCAGCUCUGUGGUCAUAGAUGACCCCAAGAAGCAGACCUCAGUGUGCGUAAAUGUUCAGAGCUGCACCAAGGAGGGGCUGGUAGAGGAGGCCCUUUCCCCCAGUGGGAGGUCCCUAACUGCCCACAGCCCACACACCCAUCCUGAAACCAAGAAAGCCAGGCCGGACGUGCUUCCCUUCCGGCGACAGGAUUCCGCGGGACCCGUCCUGGAUGGAGCUCGGUCCCGGAGGUCCUCUUCCUCAUCAGCAACUCCCACUUCGGCCAACUCUCUGUACAGAUUUUUACUUGAUGAUCAGGAAUGUGCCAUCCAUGCUGACAAUGUGAAUCGUCAUGAAAACAGACGGUACAUCCCCUUCUUGCCAGGAACUGGGCGGGAUAUUGAUACAGGAUCCAUUCCUGGCGUGGAUCAAUUGAUCGAAAAGUUUGACCAAAAAUCUGGGCUCCAGAGGAGAGGAAGGUCUGGGAAGCGAAACAGAAUCAACCCUGAAGACAGGAAGAGGUCCAGAAGCGUGGAUAGUGCCUUUCCCUUUGGUCUCCAGGGGAACUCCGAGUACCUAAGUGAAUUUAGCCGGAACCUGGGCAAGUCCAGCGAACACCUCCUCCGCCCGUCACAGGUCUGCCCGCAGAGGUCACCUGCUCAGGAUCACCGUGGGAAACAGAGCGUGGGCCGUGCCUUCGCGAAGCUACAGGGGGCCCCCCUCAGGCCUCCCCAGCAGAGCAAAGAUGGGAAAGUUCCAGAAACCAGAAGUGGUCGGGAGAGUACAAACACGCAUGCAUCUUCCCUCCCAGCACAAAGUAAAAAGGAGGAGGAAAUCAAAACAGCCACCGCUACGCUGAUGUUACAGAAUCGGGCGCUAGCAGCUUCGCCUGACUCUGGUGCCAAGAAGAUUUCUGUGAAGUCGUUUACUUCCACCUCAGAUACUCAGGCCACACCAGAUCUGUUGAAAGGCCCGCAAGAGCUCACUCAACAAAGCAAUGAGGAGACGGCCAAGCAGAUACUUUACAAUUACCUCAAAGAAGGAAGCACCGAUAAUGAUGAUGCAACUAAACGGAAGGUCAACCUGGUUUUUGAGAAAAUCCAGACUUUAAAGUCUCGAGCAGCAGGGAGCACACAAGGAAAUAAUCAAGCUUCUAAUUCUUCGUCUGAAGUCAGAGAUCUGUUGGAACAGAAAAAUAAGUUGACCACAGAAGUGGCCGAACUUCAGAGACAGCUUCAGCUAGAAGUCAAGAAUCAGCAGAACAUCAAGGAAGAGAGAGAGAGGAUGAAAGCAAACUUGGAAGAGCUCCAGGGCCAGCACGACAGUAAGGUGGAAGAGAACUCCAUGCUGCAACAGCGACUAGAAGAAAGUGAAGGGGAGCUCCGGAAGAACCUGGAGGAACUGUUCCAGGUGAAGAUGGAACGGGAACAGCACCAGACUGAGAUCAGAGAUCUUCAGGACCAGCUUUCAGAAAUGCAUGAUGAGUUGGACAGUGCUAAACGAUCCGAGGACAGGGAGAAGGGAGCUCUGAUUGAGGAACUCUUACAGGCAAAACAGGAUCUUCAGGAUCUGCUCAUCGCCAAAGAGGAGCAGGAAGACCUCUUGAGAAAGCGGGAGCGUGAACUCACCGCCCUGAAGGGAGCCCUGAAGGAGGAGGUUUCCAGCCACGACCUGGAGAUGGACAAACUGAAGGAGCAGUACGAUGCUGAGCUGCAGGCCCUGAGGGAGAGUGUAGAAGAGGCCACCAAGAAUGUUGAGGUCCUAGCCAGUCGGAGCAACACUUCAGAGCAGAGCCAGCUGGGGGCUGAAAUGCACGUGAAGGCACUGCAGGAGGAGAAUGAGAAGCUGCGCAGAAGCAUCGAAGAGCUGGAGCAGAGUGUCGCUCGGCUUCAGAGGCAGAUUGCUGACAUGAAAUGCGACGAGGCCAAAGCGAAGGAAAUGCUCAAGAAGUGCGAGAGAGAAGCCCAACAAUUAGAGGAGGCCCUUGUGCAUGCAAGAAAGGAAGAAAGAGAAUCCACAUCAGCCAGAAGGACCCUGGAGAAUGAGCUGGAAGAUGCUCAGAGAAAUCUGAAUCGGGCCACCCAGGAGCAGAAGCAGUUGUCUGAGAAGCUUAAAGAUGAGACAGAGCAGAAGGAGCAGUUAAGGAGACUGAAGAAUGAGAUGGAGAAUGAGCGAUGGCACCUGGAUAAGACCAUUGAGAAACUGCAGAAGGAGAUGGCUGACAUUGUCGAGGUGUCCCGCAUAUCAACCCUGGAGCUCCAGAACCAGCUGGAUGAGUAUAAGGAGAAAAAUCGCAGGGAGCUUGCAGAAAUGCAAAGGCAGUUGAAGGAGAAAACCCUAGAGGCUGAAAAGUCACGUCUGACUGCCAUGAAACUGCAGGAUGAGAUGCGUCUGAUGGAGGAAGAGUUACGGGACCACCAGAGAGCUCAGGAUGAAGCACUUACAAAAAGGCAACUUCUGGAGCAGACCCUGAAGGACCUGGAGUAUGAGCUGGAGGCCAAGAGUCACCUCAAAGAUGACCGAAGCAGACUCGUCAAGCAGAUGGAGGACAAGGUGUCUCAGCUGGAGAUGGAACUGGAAGAAGAAAGAAAUAAUUCAGAUUUGCUGUCUGAGAGGAUCACUCGGAGCAGGGAACAGAUGGAGCAGAUGAGGGGCGAGCUACUCCAGGAGAGAGCUGUCAAGCAGGACUUAGAGUGUGACAAGAUUUCCCUGGAGAGACAGAACAAGGACUUAAAGAGCCGGAUUAUCCACCUGGAAGGUUCCUACAGGUCCAGCAAAGAGGGGCUGGUGGUGCAGAUGGAGGCCAGGAUCGCUGAGCUGGAGGACCGUCUGGAGAGCGAGGAGAGGGAGCGGGCCAGCCUCCAGCUCAGCAACCGACGGCUGGAGCGGAAGGUGAAGGAGCUGGUGAUGCAGGUGGACGAUGAGCACCUGUCCCUGACUGAUCAGAAGGACCAGCUGAGUUUGCGUUUGAAAGCAAUGAAGCGACAGGUGGAGGAGGCUGAGGAGGAAAUUGACAGACUAGAAAGUUCCAAAAAGAAGCUGCAGAGGGAGCUGGAGGAACAGAUGGAUGUCAACGAGCAGCUGCAGGGACAGCUCAAUUCCAUGAAGAAGGACCUAAGCAGACUUAAGAAGCUGCCGAGCAAGGUGCUGGACGACACGGACGAUGAUGACCUCAGCACGGACGGGGGGAGCCUCCACGAGGCGCCGCUGAACUACACUUUCCCCAAGGACAGCACUGCCAUCAGCCAGAUCUGAGUCCCCUUCCAGGGCUGUGGAGGUGGCCCGUCAUGCCUCGCAGAGACCCUCAGCCAGCCUCCUGCAGCGGGGACCUGCAGCUAGCUGCAUACGAGAGGCUGGGAGCGGGAGCGGCAGCGCCCAUGCGGAACAGAGACCCGGCGUCCCCUGGUCACAGGACAGGCUGAUUCCUCCACGUCGCGGUCCUCCCAGAGUCUCUAAAGGGUAGCAUGCCUCUCCCAGCUCAGGCAGGUGGCUACUGCAGCUUAAAUGUUGACUCCCGAGGCAGAGGAGCCACCACUCAUUGCAGGGUUUGGAGAAUAGGAUUUGGCAGGCGGAAGCCCGGGUUCUGCACCGCCAUCUGCUGGCACCGUUUGCAGUGCUGCUCCUGCCCCUCCUCCCUCCCCCACCAAGGAAAAGGGUCCAAAGUGCUAGUUAUUAUGUAACAGCAAUUGUGCAGGGGAGAGAGAGGAUGUAUAAACUGUACAUAUUUUAAUCCAGAUUCUCAUGGACUGCUUCUGUUGCCCUGUGGAAUAUUACAGAGGCUUUGUAGGGUGGCUUGUUUGUAAACUCCACACUUCUAGCUUAUUAUUUUUUAAAACAUGGAGCUGUUAGAUUUUUAUUAAGACCUAGAUGAGAGAGGGUAGAAUACAGACUACUUUGGACAUGAGAGUUGGAAAAAAGGAAUUGUCGUGGUGUUAAGGGACAGUUAAUUCUGAGAAGAGAAAUUCAAGUGGUCCUAGUAAAUAACUUAUGGAGGGAGAGAAAGUCUGAGGAUCACUUGUAUCUGUGGCCCUGCUUACUUAUUUUAUCUAGAAUUUUGUUGUCAUUUCUGAACCCUGCUGAGACCAAUUCCUGGUCACCAACUGCAAUGUCUUUACCACAGUUGGGGUAGGGAGACUUUUAAGUAAGGCUUUUGGCAAGUGAUGUAGUUUCUAGAGGGAUGGGGUCUUACUGUCAUUUCUUAUUGGUUCUUUCCUCCCUCUGCCCACAUCAGGCCUCCAAGUAGCCUCCUCUGCCUAGGGUUGCUUAGUGGGGAGUAGGAUGGUGUGGGGACAAGGCUCCUGGACAACCAUGUGAGGAAGAAAAGGUGGUGUCCAGUAAGGUCACGGGGAAGGGGAGGAGAGGAGGUAAGCAGGCAUGUGUGGGUAUGUGGAGGAAGGAAGAGAAGGAAGUUCUUGAAAGCUGGGGGGAUGUGUAGACAAGGGGCAGAUUGAGUAGAAUUUCGAGUUUAUGUCAGAAAAGCAAGGGAAAACAUGAAAGUCAGACAGGAGGUGUUUCUGUACAAACUGGAAGGCUCCUCCCAGCUUCCUGGGACAGAGGGACAUUGGCCUGCACCAGGCAUACUGUAAUUGGGAUUCACUGAAGUCUGUGGUGAGACCAUGUUGCUGGGACAGCAUUAUAGGGAACGUGGAAUCAGGAACAUGCAGUAUCCCAAUACUUCGUCCUGGCUUUUCUAGUGUCACCUCCCACUUUGAUUGUUCCCAGGUAUGGCCAGAGGCCAAAUCCAGUCACAGUUGGGCCCCUAUAGGUGAGGGCCAGAGUGUAGAGCCAGCAGCUCAGGAGGGCCACGCCAGGGAGAGAACACUGUAAAAUGUGUGUGUAUGCACACACACACACACACAUAGUGGGGCAGAGAGAAUAGUGUUCAGUUGCUUUGACAGUGUCCCCAGGCAUUCUAAUUGAUGGGAAGCCUGUGGACCAGAGAACUCUAUGACAGUUACCAAGAGGAGCAGGGUGUUUCAAUGUGCUACCUACCUGAGGUCACAGAGCCCAUUGAGCAGGAUUCAGAGUAAUCAGGUGGGUUUAAGGGCAGGUGUCACCGUCCCCCACCCCAGGAUUCCCCCCCCCCCCAGUUGAGUCAAACCCUCUUCCACCUCUGCUGGCUUGGAGUGGUUCUUGCCUCUGAUUACUUAUUUGAGGUGUGGAGAGAUUCUUCCCUUUAGCUAUUCAUUCAUUUAGCAAAUAUUUAUUGGGCAUCCAUCAUGUGUCAGGCAUAGUCCUUGGCCCUGGGAAUACAGCAGCGAAUAAAGCAGACCAAAAUCCCCUCCUGGAGUGCAGUUAGGGGAAAGAGGGUGAUAACAACAGUCAUACAAAUGAACACAGAGCUGAGCCCCUCCCUACCUAGCCCUGGAGCUCCUCUGUGCUCUUGGGGACACAACAAGCCUGGUUCACUGGAAUUCCCUUCGACCCUCAGUAUAUUCUUGGUUUCCCUGCUUCUUCCACCAUCCUUAGAUAUUUGCCAAGAAGUCUGCCUAAAAAUGCCUCAGCUCACUCAUAACUGCAGGUGGAAGAUGAGAAAGGCCGGAAAUGCAAGAACUUUGGGGGUGAGUGUCCAUCUUGGUUUGUGAGAAAGUCACUGUCUCUCUUUCUUGCCAGUUCCUUGUGGUAGCCAUGAGUCUCGCUGCAAGAAGCAGAGGUGCCCAUGAAAAGAGAACAGAGAUCACCAUUCAAAAGGGUUGAAUCCUUACUGGAAAAGAUGGGCCGCUGUAGAUGUUAACAAACACAUCACCCUACAUAAGAAUGGCUCUAGCAGUGAAGCAUGUGGUGUAGCGGGCUGGGGACAACAUUGGACUGGGACUUGAGAGGCGUUUUCAAGUCCUUGCUCUUCUUGCCCUGGUGACCUUGACAGGGGUGACCUUGAUGGGGCCUGUGCUCCAGAGAUUGCCUGGAAUAAAUGAGGACCAUGGUGCAAGGUCCUUUCCAGCUCUGACAUGCUAUCAUUUGAUUUUAUUAUAUACUCAUUUUUUUCUGUUUGUUGCUUUAAGAACUAACCCUAUUCAAGAAUAUUUUCUUUAGCUAGCUUGAAAAGAAAAAAAUAUUUAAUAAACAAAUACGUGGCCAAAUGCAAUGCCAAGGAGACAAUCAUCAUAUAUCUUUAUAAUUUUUUUUCCUGCUUCAGAGUGUCAUUUGACAAAGGCAAGAGGCUUAUUCUGUUGGGCUACAGCUUUUGCGUAUGUCUGAUUGCUUUGGUUUGUCAUGGGGAAGAGACGUUCGGGCACAUCUACCUCCAUGUGCGUGAACUGGAUAAAGCAAGGUUGCCUUUAAAUAAAUGGUGUCACCCAGCAGGAA